UGAAAGAGUAACAAAAAUCCAUACAAACGUAAAAUUGAAAUUAAAAGCGCAAGUGGUUAAUAUACAACUUUAAAGCGUUGUAGAUCCUAAACAAUCAUAUAAAAUGAAAAAUGGUGUUAGGAACCUAAACAUGAUUUUCGAUUAUUUAGACAAUGGGGUAUCAUUGUCUAAAUAAUCGAAAAUCAUGUUUAGGUUCCUUGAUAUAUUUUGUCAACUUAUUUUUUUUUACUUCGUCACAAUAUGGCGCCUAUUUUUGCCCAUAUUGAAUUUUGAUUACUAUCAUAUCUUUAGUAGCACUCCCGUGAUUGAGACGAAUCGAUCUAUGUAUGAAUCAUCAAAAUCGGUCCAGGCGUUUGGUCUCUAGUGUGCCACAAAGGAACAAACAUACAUAUAUAGACUGUUAAACACAUAACCCUGUCUGCGCGUAGCGCUUCGCGCUCUUGCAUUGCGAAGUCGGGUAAAAAAUGGAGCCUGUUCUCAUGCAAAAAGUACAAAGUUAUGAAGAGAAUUUAAUGACAACAAGUGAGUUUGAAUCAAUUUCUUGAUACUUGUUUAUUUUAAAUUGAUAUUUUUAAUUUAAAGAACAUGGCGCAAAACGUACCCACCAUGUAGCACAUUGAAAUUGGUACUAUUAGAAAGGUCUUCAAAAGUUUAUUAAUUUAUUGUAUGGGAGAAACUUAGUAGCUUGCGGGAGACAAAAGAUAUUCGUCGUUGAAUAUGCCGAAAAUUCUUAAUAAAAUCUCCCUACGCAUAUUCAAAGUUUUUGAGAUUUUAUCCUUUAAGUACUUAAAACUAUAUUAUGCGCUUGGGUCGGUGUAUCGUAAAUAGUAAUUAUCUUACAGUAUGUAUCUGUCAUGUUAGAGUUUCCUUUAGUAACCCCCAUAUAUAGUCCCCUAUCAUGCUUUCAGUAUACUCGCCUUGGUAAAGUCUCUCAAAUUCUAUUAUAUUUUGUUGGAAGCGUUCCCCUUGUUCUUCCGAAUAAGCUUCCAUAUUAUCUUUAAAUUUAUCUAAAUGAGAAUGUAACAUAUGCAUCUUUAGAGACAUCCUACAUCCAAUGAUGGCAAAAUUUAUGAUCAUUAUGUCAGUGAUCAGCUCGUGAUAAUUUUCAGCUCUACGGUUUCCAAGGAAACCAUGAACAACAACACAACAAUCAAAAUACAGUUUUAAGAUUAGAAAAUCAUGCCAGAAUAGACACAUAGUAAGAAUAGAUAGAUAGAAUAGACAGAUAGUAAGAAGUUUUAUAUGGAAGAUUUUUAAUUCUUGUUACUCAAAUAAAUAAAUUAUUUUGUCAUUAAACAAUGAUUAAACAUUAAAAAUUGUCAUAUCACAGUUUUUCUCGCACGAAAUUGUCUUGGGCAACAAUCACGCGUGCGUAUUUACAAAUCUGGCGAACUUCGGGCCACUUACGAUUUGCGGUCUUGGAAGCAGACCUGGUGCUUAGAGCAAUGCAUCAAGACCUGUGACUUGUUAAAGGAAAACAAAUGUAAUUUGUUAGGAUACUUAUUAUUACUUAUUAAGAAAUCGAUUAAGAAGAUUAUUGCUUGUGAAAUUAUUUUUUUAGCAUUAAUUUAUACUUCCUUGAAUUCAGUAUUGACUUUUUUCACUAUCUGUAAUGAUAAGGCUAAGUAACUAGAGUACGUGCUGGGACCUGAUAACACGACCGAUGUAAGUAAGCGACCUGUCAAUAUACGACGAUAAUAACAUGCUCUCUGUCUAUAAGCGUAUAAAGUAAAUAAAGUGAAAGAAUUUUCUACGGUGAAAGUGUUUGAGUUAUGUGUAUCUAGUGAACAGUGGAAAAAAUUAAAUUUGUAAUCGUAGUGAAUGUUAAAAAAAUGUUGAUAAAGUUUGGAAAAUGCAGGCAGUUACCAUAAGAUGGAAAAUAACGUCAGAGAACAGGGUGGAUCGUGGAAUUGGCCACUCCUCUUGGCGGUUUUGUUCUUGAAUAUUUGCUUGCCUAGUCUUGUGCUCUCUUAUGGAGUGCUGUUGGUGCAUUCGACGCAACUCGGAGAGUCGGUGUGGCUCGGAUUAUCGUCGCCUGCAAUAUUUGUGCUUGCUUACGGCCUUUCACAAUGCUGGUGCAAAGACGCUGCGGAUUCGUGGGGUGGACCGAUGGGAUAUCGGGUGAUGGCGGCGCUGGGUUUGAUGUCAGUCGUAUCUGGACUUCUCAUUUGUGUCUUCGUACCUCGCUUCAUACACCCAAUCGUGUAUGGAAGUCUAUGUGGCCUUGGUUCUUCUCUAAUAUCCGCGCAAGUAGAUGCAGUAAUUUUCGAAACUUAUGAUAUCCAACUGGGAAUCGUACGGGGACUAUGUUUUGCUGGUCAAGCUUUAGGACAGUCAUUAUUCCCACACAUACUAACCGCCAUAAUUGGACAUUUCGGAUAUUUACAUUCACAUAUGAUACUUGCUGGUAUAAUGUUGCAAACAUUACCAGCAAUUAUGUUUUUAAAAGUUGAUGAAACUAUGAAAAGAUCAGUAUCUUUUUCAAGAUAUAGUGAUAAAACCUAUGCAUUAUUUAACAACCGAGGCCCAAAUUUUUACUCCAAUGAGAUGCAGCUACAUGACUUAAGUAAAAAAUGCUGGAACAGCCCGUCUGACGAUAGUUUACAUCGACAAGAUGGUGACAAUGAAUGUUUUGAAGAUUACGAUGAAAAUACUACUACUAUUACCCCACCGCCAAGUCCCGAAGAGAAGAGGAGAAACAUAUUCGGCGUUGAGAUACUUCCUGAAAUACCUGAAGAAAGUGAAGAAACCGAUGAAAGUGACGAAGAUAGUGGAGAAGAAACAAAAAAUGAUAAACACAGAAGAAGAUUUAGUAUAGCUAUUAAGAGACUGAGUACAAUAGGGGAUAACUUUGAAGAGUAUAUAAAUAAGCAGGUAAGACGGGAUUCGCUGCAAACGGAGGGCUGUGAUGGUAAAGAAUACUCUGAGAUAGAAGUGACUUAUGAAACGAUUUCUCCAGUAACAGCUGUUGAAAGGGAAAAAGUGUUCAAUUCUUUUGGAUUCCGUUGCCAGUCAGCUUAUGCGAGCAUGAGAAGAAAAAUACGAAUGCCUUCUUACAGGGUAUACAGAUUAAAGCGAAGAUUAUUAUAUAUUAUGUAUAAUAUAAAUGAUACUUUCAUCAAACCUGUGACUAGAUCUUUGUCAUGUUGGCGUUUCUACCCCGCUUUGAUGAUAUGUUUUUCUAAACUUGUUUUGUCGGCAGUAUUCCUUGUAUUAUUGCCAAUGAUUGCAACGCAGAUCAAGCCAGUAAUAUCAAUGACAGAGACAAAUUUUUUGAUCUCCCUCCAUGGUUUUACAUGGAUAUGUUUUUUGCUGUGCACCCCAUGGUUAGCACAAACACCUAAGCGCAACUUCAAAUAUGUGUCCGCCGUUGGUUUAGUAAUUGGAACUGCAGCAUGUUUUGUAAUGGCAGUGGCGAGCAAUCAUGACUCUUUCUCAAUUGGAUGCGUUGUGGCUGGAUUAAGUUAUGGUGCCAUAACCUCAUGUUGGGAGACGUCAGCACAAGACUUUGUAGGAGCACGCAAAUGGCCAAAGUUCCACAGCACUUUGGAAACACUUUCUUCUACUCUUUUGGUUCUAUUCGUCUUCGGUAUUAGUUACGUAGUUGAUGGAGAAGGUGGUUUGCAAACCUCCAUGUUCAUUCUUGGCGUAACUUUAUCUGUUAUCACUUUUGUAUGGUUAAUAAUAGCAUUGGUUUCAUUGUAUUUGACUAAAGUGAGAUCUCUUACGAUGGGUAGGCCUUGGACGUAGUUCAUGUAAUAUUGAUAUUAAAUUAAAUUCAGGUAGAUAUAUCUUUAUAGGUACCUAUUGAUUUGCACAUUUUAGCAAGCGUGGUGAAUUGAACGCCUUGUUUAAAAAAAAAUUAACGCGUUUCUUAUAUGUAGUUACUACCCUCGGUACAUACAUACCUAGAGAAUAAUAAUGAAGAGAUAUUGUGAAUUAUUUAAAUAAAAUUACUCUAAUUAUCAUUUUCUAUAUAGACUAUAAUACCCUAAUAUAAGUUUAAAUAAUAUUUUGAUAAGUAGGAAGAAAACUGAGACAAUUAA